AAUGCAAUAUCUGCCAAGUUUAAAAUGUCAAUUGAUUUUAAAUAUUUAUAUAUAUCAUUUAGAUGAAUUACAGCAUAUAUUAAAUAUUGCGAAGCCGCGUAUUGUUUUCGUAUCUCAGCGCACCGAAAAUCUCUUUGCUAAAAUCCUAUCGAAGUUAUCCUGGAAAAUGGAAUUAAUACAGUUGGACGACCAAACGCUCACUACAAAUGUCCACACGUUGACGAAUAUCUUAAAUAAUGAACCAGAUAUAGACUACAUAAAAUACAAGUCUGCAGAUAUCGAUGAUCCCAGUCGGCAUCCGUUGAGUAUUCUUUGUUCGAGUGGCACCACGGGCUUGCCAAAAGGAGUGACAUUGUCUCAUAAAAAUGUAAUGGCGUAUUUAUCAGAAAUAAGCAAGCCGGAAUACAUGGACAUAAAAAGUGAUGACAGAAUAUUGGUACUGGUACCGUUUUAUCAUGUUUUUGGAAUGGGCAUGUUGUUACUCGGUCUUUUCGGGAACUGCACCUGUAUUAUAAUGCCCGCCUUCGAGUCGCAACUCUUUCUAACUCUGGUACAGGAAUAUAGGAUCACCUAUCUCCCGGUGGCACCGCCAAUCCUGACGUUUCUGGCGAAACACCCGCUGGUAGAUAGGUACGACUUUCGCAGCGUGAGAGAACUCUUCUGCGGAGCGGCGCCUCUUUCGAAGGACAUUGUAACCGCGGUGAAGGCUCGCACCGGCAUAAAUUGCAUUCGCAACGCUUACGGCAUGACGGAAUUGUCGUUUGCGUGCAGUGUGAGUGGACUUGACGAUGAUGAUGAGUUCGAAAAUCCAAGUUGCGGACGGUUCCUCCCUGGUCUCCGCAGCAAAGUGAUCGAUCUUGAAACGCAAGAGACGCUGGAGGCUGGCCAGGUGGGCGAGAUCUGCUUUCUCGGGGAUCAAGUAAUGCUGGGUUACUGGAACAAUCCCGAGGCGACCAAACAGACCAUCGACCAGGACGGAUGGCUCCACACCGGCGACAUCGGCUACUUCGACAACAAGGAGAGGUUACACGUGGUCGAUCGCGCCAAGGACCUGAUCAAGUACAAAGGUUAUCAAGUCUCACCGUCGGAGAUAGAAACCGUCUUACUGUCGCAUCCCGAAGUAAAAGACGCCGCGGUCGCUGCCAAACUCGAUGAACGCAGCGGCGAGAUCCCCGUGGCUUUUGUAGUGAAGCAACCUGGCGCCACGUUUACCGCCCAUUGCUUGCAGGAACUCGUCAAAGAAAAACUGUCGCCGCAAAAAUGGCUGCAUGGUGGAGUGCAAUUUGUCGAUGACAUACCGAAAAAUCCUUCUGGCAAAAUCCUACGCCGCAAACUUCCAUUAAUGCUCUCUAAAUAAUAAUAUAAAAAUCGCAUAUGAUAGACGUGUUUAUAUGUAUAAAUCUUUUUCGACGAAAGACCAAAGAAAAGCAAAAAAUAACGGAACACAAUAAUUUUUAAUAUUUUUAAUAUCCCAAAGAGCAAAUUGGCAAUCAAGAAAUUAAAGUACCAUGAUGCCUAUGCUAAGAAAUAUUUCUGCGUUAAUGAACGUCUCACUGCGAAAAAGAAUAUAAACUCCGCGAAUUCUUUCGCCAGAAACAUAAAUUUAUUGACUUGUCACGUUGAUUAAUUCGUAAGUAAACCAUUAAAUAACCGUGAAA